AACAGAUUCGCCGAUUCCGCCAAAAAUUUCGCUGUAUUUGGUUGUGUGUAUAGACCGGCCAGUCUUUCCGUAGUUUUAAUUGUUCGAUCAGUAAUAAUUAGUAAUAGAACUAUAUAUUGUAUUUUAUCAGACAUCUGAGAUGUAUAAAUACAAUAAUAGCUAGCAUUCGAUCGAUUAUUGGAUUGGCCAUUUAAUUCCAAGUUUCGAUAAGUUCCUGUAAUAAACCGAAUUUAUGAAAGAAAGUGAAUUCAGUGAAUUCAUCAGUCAUUUAGGACCUGUGUUUUCAAGAACUAUCGUUGAAGAGUGUUAUACCUUUCGAACCAGUUAUACUUAACCCGUUUUAUUGAUUUAGUUUGGGGGUAAAAUGGCUUCCUUAGUAGCUAGUGCGGUGGAUAAAUACAACUAUAUCUUGGAUCACAAAAGUGAUCCGAGGGUGAACAAUUGGUCUAUGAUGAGCAGCCCUCUCCCCACCCUUUUCAUAUGCCUAUUUUACGUGUAUUUCUCAAAAGUACUGGGGCCAAAAUUGAUGGAAAACAGGAAACCUUUUCAACUUAGGAGCGUUUUAAUUGUAUACAAUUUUUUGCAGACAGUCUUCAGUGCGUGGAUAUUUUAUGAGUACCUCAUGAGUGGAUGGUGGGGAGCUUAUAGUUUUAGGUGUCAACCUGUUGAUUACUCGAAUAAUCCUGUUGCUAUGAGAAUGGCAAAUACUUGUUGGUGGUACUAUUUCUCCAAAUUUACUGAAUUUCUCGAUACCAUUUUCUUCAUUAUGAGGAAGAAAUUCAGUCAGGUAUCUACACUACAUGUGAUUCAUCAUGGAUGUAUGCCUUUCUCUGUAUGGAUGGGACUGAAAUUUGCUCCAGGUGGACACAGCACCUUUUUCGCACUGUUGAACACUUUUGUACAUAUAAUCAUGUACUUCUAUUAUAUGGUUUCUGCAAUGGGGCCUGAAUAUCAGAAAUAUAUCUGGUGGAAAAAGCAUCUGACCACUCUCCAAAUAGUCCAAUUCAUCGCGAUUUUUGCACAUCAAUUCCAGCUUCUAUUCACUGAAUGCAACUACCCAAAAACCUUCAUGGUUUGGAUUGCCCUUCAUGGAAUUCUCUUCAUGUUCCUCUUCUCUGACUUUUACAAAGUCAAAUAUUCCCAAUCCAAAGGCAAGAGCAGAAAUAUUAACGGUGGUUUAUGUAUGCCUAUCCUUGAUGAGAAAGAGAACCAACUAACCCAUAGAAAGAGCGACAGCAGUGGAACUCUCAACAAUACGUAUAUCAAGAGUGAUUUAUCAGACUCCUACAAAGCCUGUUACUCCAAUGGCAGUACCAAAGGAUUCGUUACUCAAACAAAUGAAAUUCAAGACUCGACAAUAAAAAAAGAUGAUUAGGAUUGGCAAACUUUUGUUAGUUAGCUCUCCAAUUCCUUGGGUGUAUGUGAUAAUGUUCUACAGUUGGGAAGAGGGUAUCAGAAAUAUUGUAGAAACUGGUGGGAGAAAAGUUUUUUAUCAGGUUCGCUGUUUUUGUCCUUGUUCAAAAUUAAUUUUUGAGAAGAGACGACAUACUAAAAAUGGACAGUAUAAUUCUACUCUAGUUCAAAUGUAAUGAACUAUUCCAACUAUAAAACACCCAAGAAUUAUUUCAUCGCUGUCCUUAUUAUCGAUAUUAUUAAGGCAAAGAAAUUGCAAUUUAGUGUUGAACUAAAUCUCGUUAAUUUCGAAUUAGGUCUACGCUUUCAUAGGCCGUAAAUUUGUUUCACGAAGAUACAAUUGCAGUCCAUAUUUUCGUGUUGCUUUUUUAAUGUCGAAUCUCUGAAAAAUUGUAAAUAGAUACUUAUAGUAAUAGGUAAUUUAUAAGAAUCAACCAUUAGCAUUUUUACUAUGAAUCAUUUUAUUAAGAAUUUCUUAUAUCUGGUUUUAUGUGUUUAGAUAUUUAAAAUGUGAUACAUUUUCAGAUUUUAAGAAAAAUAUAGUGAGGUCCAUAUUGCCUUAAUAAAAAUUUGUUGAUUCCCAGCUAUGCAUUGGAUAAUUUUAAUGAUAUAAAAUUAUUUUUAUUGCACAAAAUGGGUACAAUCCUCGAAAUUGCAAUUCUAAAAAAUUAGUCGUUUUAUUUGUUGAAUGUUACAAAUUUGUCUUUUCUCAUUUAGAAUUCGAAUAUAAUGCAUCUUAUUUUUACAAUACCACUACAUACUUAUAAUGAUUUUUUACAUGAAAAAAUUAGCAAUGCAACUAAGCUUUUAAGCCCAAUUCAAGGAAUUUUGUCAUCUUGGCACAUUGUGAAGUUUUUUUUAUAUGAGUUGAGGUGAACUGCAUUGCACUUCUUUGAGUUUUCAAAUGUAAAGUAUUUUUGUAUAUAAACUAUUUCAAUAAAAAUAUUUCGAUAAAUAA